UCGCUUUCUCCGGAGGAGUAAUCAAGUCCUUGUCAAGAAGAGAAAGAUGGCCUUUGAUUUCACCUAACUGCUGCACGGCCCUGUUAAAACAACUCACCUGUAUCGUAUAAGGAUCCAGUACAAGUAGUGAUGCAUCAGAUGACAACCGCACUUUAAUCAUAAUGUUGCAUAGUAAUGAGGUGAUUUAGUUACAGCACACAACUGCUGCUUACAAAACGUACACUGAUUGGCAAGAAAAGAAAAGUUGGCAGCAAAUUUGGUGGUGGCUUAAGGAGGGUGGAUUCCAUUUUACGAUCCUCUCACCCUGGAGCUCCAACGCAAUGGUCCUGGAAGUCUCAUCUGAUCAGCCUGGGAGACCAUGAGCUCCGGAACCACUGGGCCGGUCAAGGGAGGAUCCUGACGUGUUGCUUCGUAAAGGCCUGGAACCGGCCCCGAAGGAGGUCAGGGAACACCGUGAUCAAUAACCAGGGCACCAGGAACAACUGGACUUCUAUGGAAUCGAUAACAACUGGCCAUGGAACAUUGAUGUGGGGCCACUGCUAAUCAACGAGCAGCUACAGUCACCCUGGGUCAGCAGAGUUGUGGAGCCUUCUCCGAGAAAAUUCCGAAGCCAAGCUUGCACUCAUGGAUGCACAGAUGUCCAACGUAUUCAAGUCUGUUUUCAGUAUCUACACCAGAGACCUUCGGAUGAAACAAGACCGACAUCUACAUCUCAAUUGCUUAAGUGAUGAUUGGGAACAAGAUUUUGAGAAGCUCCAUCACGCCCGCUUUCACAAAUGUGCCAGUCAUGUGCGUAACAGCUUGGGCCUGAUGAACAGUGCCGCCACAAUCAACAAGAAUAGAGCCUCUGUCAUUAUUGCCAACAACCCUUUGCCUGACAUCAAUGACAUGCAUGGCAAGGACAGUCCAAUGCGCUUCCUAGGCAAGAAUCCAUCAAAGCUAAAAUAUCCUCUGAGGAAGCAUCUAACUUUGCCUCCACUCAAAGAAUCCAAACACCCAUCUUCAAACAUCAUGAAGCAUGAAGAGUAUGCAACCACUCAGGAAAAAGCUCUGACAACCACUAAGAAGGAGUCAACAUCCCACAUGACUAAGAGAAAGGAUUGGAGGAAGAUCACGAAGACAACUAAUCUCCACAGUCAAAAAUCAACAGCUAAAACAAAUUUGAAACCCUGGUCUUCUGAACUACCCAAGAGAGACACAAAUUUGCAAACCCUCUCGUGGGAGCCUUUGAUAAGGCGUGAUGUCAAGAAAUGUGAAUACAUAGCUACAGGCAAGGCGACUAUUGCACCUGACCUGACUGGAGUAUCCACUUGGACCAGUUUGAUGUUAAUUAGGAUAUCAGAAAAAGCUUAGAAGUGUUGACUUAGUAUUCACGUCUGCAACUUGCCCACCACACACCCCCGUCUAUCCUGUCUACAUGAAACAAGGUGGAUAUGUACGGGCUAAUCAUAACUCCAUGCACAUCCUAUUUUGAAUGGUGAGGCUUGGGUGACAUUGUGCAGUGUUGCACAGUCUGGGCUUUCCAUCACUGGUGGAAGGAACCGACAUGGUAGAAACAUAGAAACAUAGAAAUUAGGUGCAGGAGUAGGCCAUUCGGCCCUUCGGGCCUGCACCACCAUUCAAUAUGAUCAUGGCUGAUCAUCCAACUCAGUAUCCGGUACCUGCCUUCU